AUCAAAUUCUCUCAAUGUGUAAGCCUAAAUAUAGUCAUGUGUGAUCUUGUUUGAUUUGUCUUAAUAUAUAGAUUAUUAAUAUAUAAUUUCUAUAAUUUUUUAAUAUACAAAUUACAAGAUAAAAUGGAUUAAAGAAGUGCAUUGAAUGGAAAUUCUUGUUUAUUUUUUUACCUUUGAGGGAAACCACCCGGGGAAGAUGGCCUCGCCUACACCGGCAACUGCAAGUUCUAGCUCCCCGGCGGCGGACUCUCAUCGCGAGCUUCUCAAAUUGGUGAAGAGUCACGAGGUUGCGAUAGCGGAGCUCAAUAAUAUCUCUGCUUCACGAGCUGUGUACAAACGAAAUGGGAACCUAUUUUUUCGUACAAGUGCUCAGAAGGCAACUUCAUAUGAGCAAAAGCAAUUGGAGAUGGCCAAAGCUAAGCUACAGAAGUUAACUUCGUCUUGAUAUUACCAAGGCUUCUUUCCCAUUUGAUUGUAACCAAUUGUACUGUUCAUCACAUGAGCAAAAAGUUCCCUAAUGACUACUUCUGAAAUGUCUUGAACUGAAACACUGUUUUCUUGGUCAUAUAAUGUGGAGUGACAUGUAAACCCAAAGAGAGUACUAUGAUGAUAGCUUUUGCAAUCUUAUC